GCGCAGGCGAGCGCCAAACCUGCGCCUCGCUUUUGAGAAGCGGCUCGCCAUGAAAAAGCAAAGCUUUUCCGGCGCUUUUUCUUAAGCUCGCUUAAUGAAAAGCGAUCGCUUUUAAGAGGUUCUCACAAAAAGCGGUCAAUUGACCAGUCAAGUUAGGGUUAUCACGUUAGAGUCGUACGACUCUUUCCCACUUCAGACAUAGCCGCUGCUGAAGAAAUCGCAGCCUUGAAGAGGAGUUCUCCCAGGUGAUCGUCGUUUCCAAAUUGUAACUGGCAGGUGAAGAGUUCUCCCAGACUUUCUCCUAGGUGCUGUGCAGUAUGGUGAAAUUGGAGAACAUGGCUUUGCGCAUGAGAGUACUCUCAUUGUUGGUGCGUUCGGUAGCAUUGGUGAUCUGCAUAUCCAAUUCACUAGAUGUGUAUGUCAAUAGGCAUCCCUUUGAAAAGUUGGAGAUGUGGCUUCAUAGUUUGCAAAUCAUUCUAUCCUUUCAUCUCAUUGCCUUCCACUCCAGACACUUAAUGAAGGCUUCUUCUACUUAUGAAUAUUUCGCCAUCAUUACAUCUGCUGCUGUCAUCCAUCAAGGUUUAAACAAAGCUUUUUGGGAAGAGUUGGAGAAGACUCAUUUUUCUUUGUCUUGUUUUGCUGUGGGAGUGCAUUUAGUUUGCUUAGCUAAAAUUAUUGGUGAAUUAUUCACAUUGGAGAGCAAUCUCAAUGUGGAGAAGGGUGUCGAUGUUAAGAAGGUUCAAUAGUUGGAAAAACCAUCGGCAAGGAAGUUCUACGUGAUUCACAAGUGAUUGCUCAUGUAAUUUUUGUAUAUCAUAAAGUGACCAUAUGUGAAAUUUUAUUUGGUGGUGUGGACUGUGGACCGCUUCACUGCGGAGUGCGGACUGUGACAUGCUAAAUAAUAAUUUCAAGUUUUCAA